AUACGGAUCCGCCAGUUGCGACAACACUGACAAGAUGGUGGAUAGGACAGGAGGAAAACGAGGAACAAAACACAGCUAAUAUGUCUAGUUGACAGCGUGUAAAUGGCCUUUUUGGGGGGGGUUUAAGUUCGCCAAAACGAUUACAAGAUCGGAGCGUUUCAUAUCUAUUGAAUUUGGGUUGAUGUUUGCGGAGACGCAGGACCAAAUAUGUUGUUUAUCUGGCUGCGGGAUGAAGGACCCGUCGGAUACAGGACAUAACGACGUGACAGACAGCAGUCCGAACCGGAAGGCAGACCCAGAGGAGCUGUUCACUAAGUUGGAGAGGAUCGGUAAAGGCUCGUUUGGUGAGGUGUUUAAAGGAAUAGACAACAGGACUCAGAAGGUGGUGGCCAUUAAGAUCAUUGACCUGGAGGAGGCUGAGGAUGAGAUGGAGGAUAUUCAGCAGGAGAUCACUGUGUUGAGUCAGUGUGACAGUCCCUUCAUCACCAAGUACUAUGGCUCAUACCUGAAGGAGGCCAAGCUGUGGAUCAUUAUGGAGUAUCUUGGGGGAGGCUCGGCAUUAGAUCUGUUGGAGCCGGGGUUGCUGGAUGAGACUCAGAUCGCCACCAUCCUCAGAGAGAUUCUGAAGGGUCUGGAAUACCUCCACUCAGAGAAGAAGAUACACAGAGACAUCAAAGCUGUUCCAUUCUCCUGCUGUCGGAGCGUGGGUUCCAUUCUGGGUGAAGUGCUGGUCCAGAUCCAAACUUCUGGUUUGAGUGGCGGGACAGCUAACAACCUGGUUCCAGCUGGGUUUGCAGCACCUUCGUUGGCACGCCCUUCUGGAUGGCUCCAGAGGAGAACCCCACACUCUGAGCUACACCCGAUGAAAGUGCUGUUCCUUAUCCCAAAGAACACCCCUCCUACCCUGGAGGGGAACUACAGCAAGCCCCUCAAGGAGUUUGUGGAGGCCUGCCUAAACAAGGAGCCAAGCUUCAGGCCCACUGCCAAAGAGCUGUUGAAACACAAGCUGAUUGUGCGUCACGCCAAGAAGACGUCGUACCUGACAGAGCUGGUGGAUAGAUACAGGAGGUGGAAGGCUGAGCAGACCAGGCAGCAGGCAGAGUCCAGCUCAGACGAGUCUGACUCGGAGCAGGAUGGGCAGGCGUCAGGCGGGAACAACUUUGGGAGUGAUGACUGGAUCUUCACCAUCAGAGAGAAGGAUCCUAAGAAACUGCAGAACGGGGGAGAGGGACAGGAAGUGGAGAGUGGAGACAUUUCAGGGAGGCUGUUUUCCACCAUCAUCUCUCCUUCUCUGGCCGAAUUGAAGCAGCGUCAGGAGGCAGUGAAUGGGAACCCCAUGGCUCUAGAUGAACUGAGAGAAGCUAUUCUCCUAGCUGAGGAGGCCUACCCUGGGAUCUCUGACUCCCUGGUCACACAGCUGGUUAACAGACUGCAGAGAUUUUCUUCAGGCAGGAAGUCUUCGUGCUCUUCUCCCUAGUGAUUGGCUCUCUGCCCCAGCCUGCCUCUCCCAGGUCCCGCCCCCUGUCUGUGGUCCAGUCAGAGGUUAGAGGUCAGCCUGGAUAACACCAUAGGUGUCCGUCACACAUUCCUGCUGGAGAACCCUGAACACACCCGACGCUUGGUGAUCAACUCCAAGGCCUCUUUUAGGAACUUGAUAAACCUGUGGAGAUCAGAGGGGGUAGUAGAGCCCAGUCACUCUGUUAACACUGCUGGAGAAUUAACCCAAGAUCAAGGAGACACUGCUUCUCAGAGGAGGACCCAUCAGUAUGGGCCCAGUCUGUCUGGAACCAGAGGGAGACCCAUCAGUAUGGACCCAGUCUGUCUGGAACCAGAGGGAGACCCAUCAGUAUGGACCCAGUCUGUCUGGAACCAGAGGGAGACCCAUCAGUAUGGGCCCAGUC